UCUCCCUGCUCCCACUCUGUUUCCUCGUUUCUCUUUCAACAUCAACACUUUUCUUCUGACACACACACCUACAAAAAAUAUCUCUCCCGUCUCUCUCCCCUUGUACACACAUAAUCUCUCCCUCUCUCUCUCUCUCCUUAUACACAGUCUCUCCCUCUCUCUCCAGCAAUAAUUGCAGUUUAUGAACUCACAAUCCAGCAAUGGAAGUGAACACACAGCAGCAACAGUCCAUAUGGACCGGAAUCAUAGAGCUCACCAAAUCGGCCCAGCACCGGUCCACUGAUCCAUUAACAUGGGCGGUUCAGCUCUCCUCCGCUCUCUCCUCGGCCGGUGUCUCUCUACCGUCAAUUGAAGCCUCCAAAUUGAUCGUAGAUUACAUUUGCUGGGAAAAUAACGUCCCAAUCACCUGGAAGUUUCUAGAAAUGGCACUCACUAUGAAAAUCCUCCCGCCUAUGCUCGUUCUCGCUCUCCUCUCCGUCAGGGUAGUUCCAUGUCGAAGAAGUCGACCUGCUGCAUACAGAAUUUAUAUGGAACUCCUCAAACGAUAUGCAUUUUCAUUGUCAUCUCAAAUAAAUGGUCAACAUUAUCAAAAGAUCAUGGAAUCUGUUGACGAUGUACUUCAUCUUUCCAAGAGUUUUAACCUAGAGGCCAGUGGUCCUGGGAUCCUCGUAGUUGAAUUUGUCUUUUCUAUUUUAUGGCAAUUGGUUGAUGCGUCACUGGAUGAUGAAGGGUUGCUAGAACUUGUACCCAGGAAAAAUUUCAGGUGGUCGAUUAAGCCACAAGAUAUGGAAAUAGACAAGCACAAUUCAGUUGAUGAAAAGACAACAGAACGUCAAGAAAAAUUGCACCUAAUGAACACGUCACUGGCUGUGGAAGUAAUUGGAGAUUUUUUUCAUAAUAAAGUUACUUCCAAAAUACUUUACUUGACACGCAGGAACAUGCCAACCAGUUGGGAAUGUUUCGUAGAGGGCUUGCAAUUACUUGCUGUGAACUCAUUAGCGUUAAGAAAUUCUAAAAACAUUACAGCAGAUGCUCUUUUGAAACUGACAUCUGAUGCAAAUAGUGUUUUCUCCGGGGAGUCCAAUAGAAGGCCACACCAACAGUUUCAUGCUGUAAAGACUUCUGGUUCACUUAUAUCUUCUUCUGCACAAUCUCAUGGUGCCAGGCAUUCGGCACUUUGGCUCCCUAUUGAUAUAUUUCUAGAAGAUACUAUGGAUGGGUCGCAAGUCGUUGCUACAAGUGCCACUGAAACUCUUAUUGGUAUGGUGAAGGCUCUUAAGGCAGUUAAUCAGACAACAUGGCAAGAGGCAUUUCUUGGUCUGUGGGUUGCAGCUUUGCGUCUUGUUCAGAGGGAAAGAGAUCCCUUUGAGGGUCCUGUUCCUCGACUUGAUACAUGCUUAUGUGUGUUAUUAUCGAUAACUCCACUGGUUAUUGUAAAUAUUAUUGAGGAAGAGGAGAGUUUUCUAAUUGAUGAUGCUGCCCACCGUCGCACAAAUCAAAAGAAAGACAAAGUUCCCGGAGAACUUCGAAAUGACUUGGUUUCCAGCUUGCAGCAAUUGGGUGAUUAUGAAGGCUUGCUAACUCCACCAGGAUCAGUAAGUUCAGUUGCAAAUCAAGCUGCUGCCAAAGCAAUGAUGUUUCUUUCAGGUCUAUCAGUUGGUAGCGGAUACCUUGAUGGUGUAACAUUGUGUGACAAGUCAGUCAACUGUGCUGGAAACAUGCGUCAUUUAAUUGUUGAGGCAUGUAUUGCUAGGAACCUUCUAGACACAUCAGCAUAUACAUGGCCAGGAUAUGUCAAAGGACACAGCAAUCAGAUACCUCGUAGUGUUACUGGCCAAGCGCCUGGCUGGGUAUCAUUGAUGAAGGGCUCCCCGUUGACUCCUGCCCUAAAAAGUGCCUUGGUUAGAACACCAGCUUCUAGCUUAGCAGAACUAGAAAAAGUAUACGAGAUUGCAGUUAAUGGUUCAGAGGAGGAGAAGACAUAUGCAGCAGCAAUUCUCUGUGGAGCAUCUCUAACUCGUGGUUGGAACAUACAGGAGCAUACCGUUGUUUUCAUCACAAGAUUGUUAUCACCUCCAGUUCCUGCAGAGAGUUCUGGUGAAAGCUAUUUGAUACAGUGUGCUCCAUAUUUAAAUGUGAUAUUUCUCGGAGUGACAACUAUUGAUUGUGUACAGAUAUUCUCCAUACAUGGAUUGGUCCCGGAACUUGCUGGUGCAUUGAUGCCCCUAUGUGAGUUCUUUGGAUCCUGCUCGCCGAGUAUAUCCUGGACCCUGAAAUCAGGAGAAGAAUUAACGCCUCAUGCUGUUUUCUCCAAUGCCUUCACUCUCUUGCUGAAAUUAUGGAGAUUUUACCAACCUCCUCUUGAACAUGUGUUGACAAAUAAAUCUGUGGCUGGUACCCAGAUGACUCCUGAAGACCUCUUACAUGUCUGCAACUCCCGAUUAGCAUCAGUAGGAAAUUCACGUCAGGAGCCUACCAUGAGAUUGUCAAGGCUGUCAAGUAUGCCAUCAACAAAGCCAAUUGUCAUGGAUUCUUUUCCCAAGCUAAAACUUUGGUACCGCCAGCAUGAAGCUUGUAUUGUGUCACCUCUUUCUAGCCUUGUACCUAGGACGCCUGUUUACCAGAUUUUUGAUGGACUUCUGAAUAUGAUGUUUAGAAAAGUAAAUAAGGGUGGUCAAACUUUAAUUCCCGCAACUUCUGAGAGUAUCAAUUCAUCUGGUUCUGCAGUUGAAGAUAACUCUCUUCGUGUAAAAGUGCCAGCUUGGGAUAUUUUGGAAGCUGUUCCGUUUGUGCUGGAUGCUGCUUUAACCGCCUGUGCCCAUGGAAAACUGUCACCCCGAGAACUGGCGACAGGGCUCAAAGAUCUUGCUGAUUUUCUUCCUGCAUCAUUGGCGGCGAUUGUGAGUUACUUUUCAGCUGAAGUGACCCGAGGUCUUUGGAAGCCUGCCUCUAUGAAUGGAACUGAUUGGCCUAGCCCUGCUGCCAAUUUAGUCAUGAUUGAGCAACAUAUAAAGAAAAUAUUGGCCGACACUGGUGUGGACGUACCAAGUCUUGUGGCAGUUGGGAGCGCUCCUGCUACUCUUCCUUUACCUCUGGCUGCUAUUGUAAGCCUCACAAUAACCUACAAACUUGAUAGGGAAACUGAUGGUUAUCUGAACCUCGUUGGCCCUGCUUUGAAUACACUUGCUUCUGGUUGCCCGUGGCCAUGCAUGCCCAUCAUAGCAUCUCUAUGGUCUCAAAAGGUAAGACGUUGGAGUGACUUUCUUGUUUUCUCUGCGUCCAGUAAUGUCUUCCAACAUGAUAGCCAGGCUGUAAUUCAGCUUCUUAGAGUCUGCUUCAGAUCCACUCUUGGGCUAAAUUCCUCUCCCUUAGAAAACAGUGGUGGUGUUGGUGCCCUUCUUGGUCAUGGUUUUGGGUCUCAUAUUUCUGGUGGACUUGCUCCUGUAGCCCCUGGAAUACUCUACCUACGUGUCCACCGAUCUGUCAGGAAUGUUAUGUUCAUGUCAAAAGAAAUAGUUACCCUGCUGCUGGAUACUGUUAGCGAAAUAGCAACUAAUGGAUUGCCUACAGAGAAACUAGAGAAGCUGAAAAAAGUAAAAUACGGAAUGAGAUAUAAUCAGGUUUCUCUUGCUGCAGCAAUGACACGUGUCAAGCUUGCAGCUUCUCUGGGGGCUUCAAUAGUUUGGAUAACAGGUGGAGAAAGCUUUAUUCAUUCUUUAAUUAAGGAAUACUUGCCUACAUGGUUUAUAUCUGUUCAUGAGCCAGCUUAUGAAAAAGGAGAAUCAGUAGGAAUUCUUGCUAUGCUGAGGGGUUAUGCUCUUGCCUAUUUUUCAAUGCUUUCUGGAACAUUUGCAAUGGGUAUAGGCUCGGCGACAACUACUAAUAACCGGAGACCGCAUGUUCUUGCGAAGCAUUUGGCAUUCCUAGCGAGUGCACUCGAUGGGAAGAUAUCGCUUGGUUGCUGUGCGGCAACUUGGCGAGCUUACAUUACUGGAUUUGUAAGCUUGAUAGUCGGAUGUGCUCCUGCAUGGAUGCUGGAUGUAGAUAUACGUGUAUUGAAGAGUUUGAGCAAGGGAUUGAGGAAGUGGGGCGAGGAUGAACUUGAUCUGGCUUUAUUCGGAGUAAGUGGCAUCCGGGCCAUGGGUACAGCUGCCGAACUGAUAAUUGAAAAUGGUUUUUGAAUCGGAUUAGCUGUAUGAUGCUAGAUGAAUCCCAUAGGCUGUAGCUUGAGUAGGAGAUGUACAAAAUGUAGAGGGGUGUUGAUCCCCUAUAAAUCCCAUCCAUUUUUAACAAUAUACUCGGCAUUCUGAAAAUGCAUUUCUUUUUGGUUAAUAUGUGUUUCAUACGUUAUUUCAAGGCCGAUUGUGGUAUUUUGAAUCA